AUGACUUCGCAUGGGGAAGAUCCCGACGAGGUGCGAUUUCUUUUGGCGUCGGAUACACAUAUUGGAUUUAUGGAACGUGAUCCUGUACGCGGCUCUGACUCUAUCAACACAUUUGAAGAAAUUUUGACCAUUGCGCGACAACAUCGCGUCGACUUUAUCCUACAUGGUGGCGACUUGUUUCAUGAAAACAAGCCCUCAAGACCUACUAUGUUCAAAACAAUGGCACUGUUGCGUGAGUACACGCUGGGGGAUGAUCCCGUCUCUAUUGAACUUCUUAGUGAUCCGUAUUCAGACAGUCGCCCAGGCACAAAGUUUCCAUCCGUCAAUUACGAAGACGAAAACUUCAAUGUGAGCAUUCCUUUCUUUUCCAUUCACGGAAACCACGAUGAUCCUCAAGGGCUUGGUGAAGAGGGCAGCUUAUCAGCACUUGAUAUUCUGUCAGCAGCAGGGCUUCUUAACUAUUUUGGCCGCAUGACACUGCCGGGCUCCAAUGCGUCUCGUAAACGGCCUUCUUCGACUUCGUCGCCUUUGUUAGCACUUCGACCAGUGCUUUUGCGUAAAGGGAAUACUCACAUCGCAUUGUAUGGCAUGGGAAAUAUGAAAGAUGAACGCAUAUCACAUGAGCUCAUGGAAAAGCAUGUAUGCAUGUAUCGUCCUGCCGAGGCCACGAGCGAAUGGUUUCAAGUCCUCGCUCUGCAUCAGAAUCGAGCAUCACAUAAUCCCAAGGCUUAUGUUCCGGAGCACAUUCUUGAUAAUUCGUUUCAUCUUAUUGUUUGGGGCCAUGAGCAUGAACAGCGUAUUUCGCCUGAGGCUGUUUCGGAAAAGAAUUACCACAUUUCGCAACCAGGGAGUAGUAUUGCCACGAGUUUAUCACCAGGCGAACUUUCACCGAAGAGUGUGGCCAUCGUUCAUGUCAAGCAUAAGGACUUUAAACUAGAGCCUAUUCCGCUUCAGACAGUACGCCCAUUUGUCAUGAAGGAUAUUUUCUUGCCGGUUGAAGCGCGCAAAGAAGGUGUGGAUAUCACUGACCGCAUGAGUGUAACAAAGCUUCUCCGCUCUCACGUCGAAUCAUUGAUUUCUACGGCUUCCUUGCAAUGGUCUGAACGAUUUGCGUUGAUACCCGAGACAGAGAGACCACCUCCUAUGCUACCCUUGGUACGCCUACGUGUGACAUACGAUACCCAUCUCCCUCUCGGUAAUAUUGUGCGUUUCGGGCAAGAGUUCACUGGACGUGUAGCGAAUCCAAAUGAUGUACUGCAGCUCAAGCUCAUCAAGCAGAGGCAGACGCAGGUUUCACGCCCAAUAUUGUCGGCGGCUCACUUGGACCAAGACAUGCUUCCAGCCGAAAAACUCGAGCGCGUAAACUUGUCUUCACUAGUCAUGGAAAAUGUACGCGCGCAGCAUUUUGAUCUGCUGAACGCUUCACAACUACAAAAAAGUGUCAUGGGCUAUGUCGAGAAAGAUGAGCGAGACGCCAUUGAGUCUUUCUUGAAUACUUCCCUGCAGGCCGUGGAACAACGAUUGGCCAGGCAACAAAUGCAAGAAUCACAGCUCCAGUCGGAACUGGAGCGCAUAUGUGCACAGCAAUCUUGUGUCGAUCAGCCUGAACGCACGGUUGGCUAG